AUGGAUCUAGAACCUGCAACGCCCUUCUUUGAAGGAAGUACUACACCACCACCACUUUUCGGACAUCCUCCCGCUUUGAAUAAAAUGGCUUCUACCGGAAAUAUUCCUCAAAGGAAAGAUUCAAAAGAUUUCGAUAUAGUAGAAACUUACCAAAGACUUCUCAACGAUGAUUCAGAUAUUACUAUGCCAGUCGCUGCAAUCGAAGCACUCAUCGAACUCCUUGCAUCCUCUAGCUCGGUCACCGUUUACGAAACUCUCGAUUUAGUUAAAACCCAAUCCGAUUAUUUGAAAUCCCGAAUCCCCAAUUCGAUAUCAUUAUCUGCCGGAACAGAUUUAUUUCAAAGAUAUAUGAUACAAUCAUUAAAACCUUCAAGUACGGGUAAUUUCGAAACUGUACGACAACAUCUUUUGAGUAAUGGAAGAUUGUUUGUUAGUAGGGCAAAGGCGGCUAGAUAUAAUAUUGCUAUGUACGGAAGAGAUUUUGUAAGAGAUGGAAGUGUAGUUUUGACUCAUGGGGGAAGUAGAGUUGUGGGAGCUUUAUUAGAUAAAGCAGCAGAGUCGAGAGCUAGUGGUGGAAAUACGAGGUUUAAGGUCAUUUAUGUUAUGAAUGAUGCUAGGACUGUGGAGAGUAAAGCAGUUGUUGCAUCAUUAAGGGCUAAAGGUGUACCGGUCGCUACUAUAUCAGAAGGUGCUGUUGGAUAUGCGAUGGGAAAAGUCGAUUUGGUUAUUGUUGGUGCGGAAGGCGUAGUAGAAAAUGGAGGAGUCAUUUCGAGGUUGGGAACAUAUCAAAUUGCCUUAUUGGCGAAAGCGGCAGGGAAACCAUUCUAUGUCGCUGCGGAAAGUCAUAAGUUUGUGCGUUUAUAUCCUUUGGGGCAAUAUGAUCUUGGCAUUGAUCAAGAGGUCAUUGAUUUCCGUACUGAAGAUGAUGAAGAGGAGAAAUCAGGGGAUAUGACCCCGAAAAUUGAGGAGAGGAUGGAAUAUUUUGACGGAACUAAAAUUGAGAUAUCAAAACCGGAUGCUGUUGAUGCAGUGGACUUUACGGCAAGUCAUUCCAAUGCAUAUUUUGAUAAGAUGCUAAUUGUUUUGUAG